AUGUCUGUGAGCGAGAUCUUCGUGGAGCUGCAGGGCUUUUUGGCUGCCGAGCAGGACAUCCGAGAGGAAAUCCGAAAAGUUGUACAGAGUUUAGAACAAACAGCUCGAGAGAUUUUAACUCUACUGCAAGGGGUCCAUCAGGGUGCUGGGUUUCAGGACAUUCCAAAGAGGUGUUUGAAAGCUCGAGAACAUUUUGGUACAGUAAAAACACAUCUAACGUCUUUGAAGACCAAGUUUCCUGCUGAACAGUAUUACAGGUUUCACGAGCACUGGAGGUUUGUGCUGCAGCGCCUGGUCUUCUUGGCCGCCUUCGUUGUGUACUUGGAGUCCGAAACCCUCGUGACCCGAGAAGCGGUUACAGAGAUCCUUGGCAUUGAGCCUGAUCGGGAGAAGGGAUUUCACUUGGAUGUGGAAGAUUAUCUCUCAGGAGUUCUCAUUCUCGCUAGUGAACUGUCGAGGCUGUCCGUCAACAGCGUGACCGCCGGGGACUACUCGCGGCCUCUGCACAUCUCCACCUUCAUCAACGAGCUGGACUCCGGCUUCCGCCUCCUCAACCUCAAGAACGACUCCCUGAGGAAGCGCUACGACGGCCUGAAGUACGACGUGAAGAAAGUGGAGGAGGUGGUCUACGACCUCUCCAUCCGGGGCUUCAACAAGCAGACGGCAGCGGCCUGCGUGGAGAAGUAG